AUGGACACUCCCGUCACGCCUCCCGCGGAAGCAAUGGCGUACCCGGUCAUAAGCCAGUUUGGCGCGCCCACCCUCGAUCGUCCCUUUGGCAUUGCGCUAUGGCCCAUAUUCGACAAGGUCUUCACUCGCGUCGUGGGAUACUCUGCCAAUGACUUCAGGUUCGAGGCCGGAGUUACUCCCAUGUCCACCCUCAAGGAGACGGGCAUCUUUAUCGUCUUCUAUUACCUCGUCAUCUUUGGCGGUAGGGAGCUAAUGCGCAACCGCGAGCCCUUCAAGCUCAAGGGCCUCUUCUUAAUCCACAACCUCUACCUGACCCUCAUCAGCGGUAUCCUCCUGGCUCUCUUCAUUGAGCAGCUCUUCGGCACUGUCGUCCGUGGUGGUAUCUUCCACGCCAUCUGCCACAGGGAGGGUGGUUGGACCCAGCCUCUUGUGGUUCUGUACUACUUGAACUACCUGACCAAGUAUCUUGAACUACUCGACACCGUCUUCCUGUUCCUAAAGAAGAAGCCCUUGACCUUCCUUCACUGCUACCACCAUGGUGCGACUGCUCUCCUAUGCUACACUCAACUUCUCGGCUCUACUGCUGUCUCCUGGGUCCCCAUCACCCUUAACUUGACCGUCCAUGUUGUCAUGUACUGGUACUACUUCCAGUCCGCCCGAGGUAUCCGUGUCUGGUGGAAGGAGUGGGUGACAAAGCUCCAGAUCAUCCAGUUCAUCAUCGAUCUUGGCUUCGUCUACUUCGCCUCGUACACGUAUUUCGCGUCGACGUAUUUCCCCCACUACCCCAAUGCUGGGAAGUGCGCCGGAGAGGAAUUCGCCGCUAUCGCUGGUAUUUCGAUCCUCAGCUCGUACCUCGUCCUCUUCAUCUCGUUCUAUCUCGCCACGUAUAGGAAGGACGCCAAGGCCCCUAGUGGACGCAAGGCUGUCCGUCGCAUGAGCCAAGCUCCCCUCCCCGACCCCCACGAUAUCAUUGUGGGCAAGAGCGCUGCGCCCUCCACCAACGGCAAGGCUGUCUCCACCGGAGCCAAGGCCAACGGCACCUCGACACGUUCCCGCCGCGCCCUCUAA